UAAUUUGCUCGAUAGAGUGCGAACACAUGGAUAGAGCCGAACUUUCUCCAGCAAAAACUGCAGCCAUGAAACUCGACUCUCUUUCCAAUCUUCCGAUAAACUCUUGGUGGCAUUGCGGGGUUGUCGGUUUACGAUAAGUAUAACUCGUUACUUCCGCCAAGAUAAUCGAUUAUUAGCAAAAAGAUCUUCCUUUCUUUUGGUUUAUUUAACAGUCUCACUGCAUCUUCUUGCUUUGAUUCAACGGUCCAACCUGCGCAGUAUGACAGGACUUCUGAGUCUGAUAAGAUUCCUUUUAAGCAAUACUUUCUUUUUCUGUCUCUGAAAUUAGCAAAGAAGAAGACUGAUAAAUCUCGAAUGACCCCAAGAUGAUCCUCUCGGGUUUUCUUGUUACUAGGCUUGUUCUGGUGCUUUGUAAUGAUUAUGAUUAUUUACCAAUAAUCAAGAACCGAUUCUGAACAAGGACGAAAAUCUAAUGGAUCAGACACCAUUUCUUAAACUCAAGCGCUGGCAGUGGUGGCUUUUGGUGGCAAUCAACAUUUUCUUCCUCAUUGCUGGCCAAGCUGCUGCAGUUCUUCUGGGGAGAUUUUAUUAUGAUCAGGGUGGAAAUAGUAAAUGGAUGGCCACUCUUGUGCAAACUGCUGGCUUCCCAAUUCUUUUCUUCCCUUUCUUUCUUCUUCGCCCCUCUCGGGAAUCUUCCGCUUCUACCACCUCACCUUCCAUCAAAACUCUUGCUUUGCUCUACUUUGUUCUUGGAGUACUCGUAGCUGGUGACAAUAUGUUGUAUUCUGUUGGGCUCUUGUACCUCUCAGCCUCUACAUAUUCCCUCAUUUGUGCAACCCAAUUAGCUUUUAAUGCAGUUUUUUCUUUCUUCCUUAAUUCUCAGAAGUUCACUGCUUUAAUUCUCAACUCUGUGGUCAUUCUUUCAUUGUCUGCUGCUCUAAUUGCAGUCAAUGAUGAUUCAGAAGGACCAUCAGGAGUUUCCAAGCGGAAGUUUCUCCUUGGCUUCCUCUGUACCCUUGGAGCUUCUGCUCUUUACUCUCUUUUGCUCUCCCUCAUGCAACUUUCUUUUCAGAAGGUUUUGAAAAAAGAAACAUUUUCUGUGGUUUUGGAAAUGCAAAUUUAUACAUCACUUGUUGCCUCUUGUGUUUCAACUGUGGGUCUCUUUGCAAGUGGGGAAUGGAAGACUUUACACCACGAGAUGGAGGACUUCAACAGCGGAAGAGUUUCUUAUGUGCUGACUUUGGUUUGGACUGCUGUAACUUGGCAAGUAUGUGCUGUUGGUGUUGUCGGCUUGAUUUUUGUGGUGUCUUCUCUCUUCUCCAACGUAAUCAGUACUCUAUCUUUGGCUGUUACUCCUCUAGCUGCUCUGGUAGUCUUCCAUGACAAGAUGAAUGGUGUGAAGGUAAUUGCUAUGCUUCUGGCUCUCUGUGGCUUUGCCUCUUAUAUUUACCAAAAUUAUCUAGAUGAUAAAAAGGCAAGGAGGUCACAGACUGAUGUUCAGGAAAGCCAUGAUAAUUCUUCACACUAACGAUCUUGAUCCCGUUACAUUUGGUAACAAUGCAAAUAAGACUGUCAUGGAUAGCCUUUUAUCAAUUUUUAUUUGUACUGCAAUUGUACCAUUCUAUCUCUCUUUGCUUUUAUCCUACAAACAGUUAUUAACCUUGUAGAUGUUCUUUACAUUGAAAUUAUGGCUUAAUUUGUUGGUUCAGCUGGUAGUUGUUGAAUGAGUUGAAUAAGUACCACAUAA